AUGUCUGGAUCUUUCUCUGCGCCCCCGCAGGUUCACGCCUUUGACGGUCUUCUUUCCGACUUCGAUGGAACAAUUGUGGACUCUACAGAUGCUAUCGUGAAGCACUGGCACCAAAUUGGUGAAGAAAUGGGUGUUGACCCUAAGACUAUCCUGGCCACAUCCCACGGACGCCGAAGCAUUGAUGUCAUGCAACUAUACGACAAAACCAAGGCCAACUGGGAAUACGUCAACUAUAUCGAAGGUCAAAUCCCCGAGAAAUGGGGCUCAGAUGCAAAAGAGAUCCCCGGCGGCCGUGACCUUCUCACGGCCCUCGAUAACACCGGAGCCAAGUGGGGAGUCGUCACAUCUGGCACCCAGGCUCUGGUUGAUGGCUGGUUAAAAGUUCUAGACCUCACUCGCCCGAAAGUGUUGGUUGUUGCGUCAGACGUUGAGCAAGGCAAGCCCGAUCCUCGCUGCUACCUCCUCGGCCGCGAGCGUCUGGGCAUUCAAGAAUCCACCAAUAUCGUGGUGCUCGAAGACGCACCAGCUGGUAUCCGGGCAGGCAAGGAAGCCGGAUUCAAGGUCAUUGCUCUUACUACCACACACUCGAUGGAGAGGAUCCAAGAGGCCAAGCCGGACUGGAUUGUCGAGGACUUGCGCAGUCUCACUGUGAAGGGUGUUGAGAAUGGUAAAGUCCAACUCGAGAUUACCAAUGCGUACCAAUAG